AUGGUGGAAGCCACGGUUUUGGAAUGCUCUGUAGACCCCAAUACUGUGGCAUUUCUUGAUGGACCAGAAGAGUUCUAUCGCAAACUAUGCAGUGGAUACAGCGCAGCUAAAGUGAGAGCUGUACUGGCGUGCUUAUACGUAGGAUGUGGAGAAUUAGAAAAUGAAUUGAUUAGGUCUAUUGUAAAGGCAAAAGAACGAACUGAUGACCUAACAGUAGAUGUACUUGUAGAUAAGGCAAGAACUUCACGGGUUGGGCGAUCAGGUGAAAUAGUAAGCCCUCUUACAAUGCUCAAACAAUACCUCGAUGACCGACACAAAACGACAGUCGCACUAUUCCAUAACCCACUAUUGGGGAGGUUAUGCAGCAAAAUGAUUAAGUCACCAUAUUGUGAAGCAUUCGGAACCAUGCAUAUCAAAAUAUAUAUCGCAGAUGAUGAAUGCAUUAUAACCGGAGCUAAUGCCGGAAGGGACUAUUUCGUCGAUAGAUAUGACAGGUAUAUGCUAGUCAAAGAUCCACUAUUCGCCGAUCUUAUGCAUACAUUUGUCAAGACUUUUCAAAGUGCAAGCUUUCGACUAACACACAAACUUACACUAGAAUGGCAAUCAGACAUGGUCAACCCACUAGAGGAUAAUAUGCUAUUUCGUAAGCAGCUAUACAUACGUACUGAACAGAUGGUACGCAUGUGUGAAGAAGUGCUAAGGAAAAAUCGCAAUAGACCAUACUGCUCUAAAAAUAAUGCACAAGAUGAAGUACCAGCAAAAUUCAGGGCUAUAACUCCAAAAGCUAAGGCGAACGAAGUUAAAAGAACUCAUACGGUGGUCAAUGGAAUAAACAAUGGUACGCAUGAACGAGGUGAUGGUGUCGAGAUAGCAUUAGAUGAAUCCGACAGUGAUGGGUUUCUUGCUAAAAGGCAUGUGCGACAAAACGUAUCGUCCUAUCGACUUAGGUCACAUGCAGAAGAAUUGGAAAACUUGAAACACAAAAGAAAAGGUGAACAAUCGGUAUACGACGUAGAUACUACUAUCGAAGACAAAGAGGAAAUGACUAACGGUAUAACGUGUCAUACUCCAUCAUCAAUGGAUCCCAUAGAAAUCGGUGAAAGUGAUACGGAACACUAUUGUUUCAUAAAGAUAUGCCUACAUCUACCAUUUACAGAACCGCCGUUCAUGCAGGGAGUUAAUAUGCUUGAAGAAUGGUUACUAGGAUAUGCACGUGCUGGGUACUCAGCAGUAGUAGCUACAGCAUACCUCAACUUCACCGAUCGAUAUGUAGAGAUGUUCAAGGAGAUUCUAGACAUAGGGAAGGCUAACGGCAAGCACCAUCCGUUACAGGUGGUAACUUCUAGUCCUUAUGCAAAUUCAUUUUACCGUGAUGGAACGCUUAAACGAAAUAUCGCACUAUUCUACAGUACAGCGGCUACUUGGUUGUUCAAGGCACUCAAGGAUGGCAACAAAUACCCAGAAGACAUCUAUAUGGAAUACAAUAGACCAAAUCACACGUUCCAUGCUAAAGGAAUAUGGGUACUCAAGGACAGGGUACCAGUAUCUGCUGCACACAAAUCAGAAAAGGAAUUCGACUCAUGUGUAGAUCUUCCAUGUGCUACAGUUAUCGGUAGUUCUAACUAUGGAAAGCGGUCUUAUGAUAGGGAUAUGGAGAUAACUUUACUCGUAGAAACCAAUUCACCAGAAAUUAGACGGUUCAUGAGGCGCGAACUAUACAAUAUGAUCAAACAUUCAGAAUAUGUCCCAUUCGAUGUUGUUGGAUCACGUAUAGGGCCUCAUCAACACGUAAUUGGUCAUGUAAUGAACUCGUUUCUAUAA